GGUUUUUUUUUUUUUUUUUUUUUUUUUUUUUUUUUUUUUCUUUUCUUCAAGGAGUAGAACUAGAAGAGCAUCCCGCCUGGCAUACUAAUUUCCCAAUUUCAAAUCACCAUUACACAUCUACUAUCAAUCUAGGGUUUCAAAUUCAUCACAAAAACCCCCAAAUUGAUGCAAUCGCAGGCCUCAAAACCUGUCGAUCCGUUUCACGGAAGGUCUAUUCUCUCUCUACAUCCUCGAACGUUCGAAGAUUCCAAACUCUCGUUGAAAUCGAACGCUUUAGAAGCAAUUCACCAGCAUAUGAGUGCAAUGGUAUUACAAAACCCUGACAAGCAUUUUGAGGAAGCAAAAUCAGUUAUAGAUAGUGUUUCAGGAUUCCUGAACACUAACGAAAACUCUGAAGAUAAUAUGAAGGAGAAUGAAAACCCUCAAAAGAAUAGACCAGCUUUGUCCCGGAAGCGUGCUAAGUUCUCAAUGAAGCCUGAUACAAGCCAGUCUUCGACAAUUCUCGAACCGACUUUUCAAAUGGAUCAGCUGCAUGACCCUGCAGAUUUUUUUGCAGCCUAUGAGAAGUUCGAAAACACCCGUAAAGAAUUGAAGAAACAGAGAGGUGAAGAUCCAAAUGAGCCCCAAAUUCCCACUACUGCCAGACAACGUCGUCCUGAAAUACCACGGAGAAAAACGAGUUAUCAGCAUCAUGUAUACUCCAGUCAGCCUGAAAAUGAUGUGUUAUCUUCUCAAGAAGCACUGCAAGAUACUGUUGAAAGUCAACCUAUACAUGAUUCUCAACAUGAAGCAGUCACACCCAACAAUCAACCCAAGGAAAAAGAAGUAGCCGGCUCAGUAACCAAGGCUGAGGACAGAGACAAGCUUUUCGAUGAUUUAAUGUCUAGUAACAUCGCGGAUUUAGACGGAAAUGAAGCACUGUCCUAUUUGCAAAAUCGUUUGAACAUCAAACCUGUUUCGAUAAACAAAUUACAACUUCCUAACUUCCAUGAUAUUCCUACAGUCAACCUUUUAUCAUCAGUCAACUCGAUAAAAGACCAGAACAUAUUACCCGAUACACGCGCUUUAUCGGAUAAUUUAAAUGAGAUCACACCAGCGAAACAGAAGAAGUUACCUGACCAACUGUUUAAUCCUCUAUCUUCUUCUCCCACACCACCUAAAAGUCCGUUUUUCGCUAUUUCGACGUUUGGAAAACUUAUGUCGAAAUCGAUUGAAAAAUCGGUUGAUCCGUUCUCGUCCCGUGAUAUAGAUUUGUUUCCCACCACCAAAACUUCUGAAGUCGUUAGUGGGCCCGCAACUCAUGCCAGCAAGGACAAGGAAUUUUCGUUUUCUGCCAACAAGGACAAUCUCUCGGAACUUCUAAUCGGCAUUGAAGACCGUGAGCAGCACGAUAAUGUGGAAGAAAUGGAUGAUGACAUACAUGGAAAUUUCACAAGUUUAGCAUUGAAUACCAUGGAUUCCGACAACAUGCAGGCUGAAGACAUGGUGGAGAAACCCGCAUCUCCUACAAAACUUAACUUAAACGUUGAAGAUGUUACAGAUAAUCUUCACUGUGAACAAGAUAAAGGGGAAAAUGAGAAUAUUGAAGAUGCAACAGAGAAGGUGGUGCCAACCUGUCCACCAGAAGAAAAUGUUGAGAUCACUACAGCACAAGAAUCAGAAAGCAAUUGUUUCCGUUCAGUUCAAACGGAUGAUACUUCUUUCAACGUUCCCGAUGCAAGUCUACCUGUUCGAAAUCCUGAUAUUGUUCCCGAACAACAAAACGAGGAACCCCCGAAGACAUCAAUGAAUAAGAGAAAGAAGACAAGAGCAAUUAAGAUUGAUACGAAAAAGAAGCGCCAUAGCCUAGCAGAGGGCGGGUCUGCUUGGACAGCUGGCGUAAGAAGAAGUAACAGAAUUAAAACUAAACCCUUGGAAUACUGGAGGGGCGAAAGGCUCUUGUAUGCACGAGUCCAUAACAGUUUGCCAACGGUUAUCGGUGUGAAGUACAUCACUCCUACCGACAGCAACAGCAACGGGAAACCUGGUUUUAAGGUUGAAUCUUUUGUAGCGGACGAGUACAAAGAUCUUGUUGACUUGACUUCGUUGCAUUAGCAUUUUCUUGUAAGCUUUGUUUCUGUUGGAGAUAUGUGUACAACGUAAUCCGGUCAUUUAAGAAUACGUAUGUAGUGUACAUGCGUCUGUAUUAGUUAGUUCAAUCGACCUUUUUAUAUUAUGUUUGUAAGGUUUAGUGUGAUUAGAAAUCCUUGCAGCUGGACUGAAUUGGCUUAUGUUUUAUGUCGUUAAACCAACAGUUUAAAAGGAAACGAAUCGCAUGGGUUGAAUGUGAGUCGUAUGAAUAUUAUAUUA